GGUUUCAUCGCUGCCUUGCAUCCCAAGUACAGAACCCUUGUGCUUAGAUGCGUAAGUAACGCAAAUCAAGUGGGAUGGUCAACUAGUCACCAAGUAGUGAGCAAGAGAUCAUGGAGAAUCGCCGACCUUGGAAUCGAAAUGCUCCUUCUUCUGCUGCAUCUUUCUCCAGAUCACAGCGUCCUCGCGGCCAGAAAUUUCCAGCUAAUGCCACCCAAAACCCCAAACCUAGGAACUUCUCUGAAAGGAGAACUCCGACCGCAGCUUAUGUCUCAAAUUCGGGUCUUGACCGUAACUUGAAUUCCAGAAAGCUUCCUCGAGAUGAGGAAGUGCAUGUUGAAGGGCCUUCCUACUCUGGAUCACUGGUUGGAACUUGUCCUCAUAUGUGCCCAGAAAGAGAGAGGAUCCAGCGUGAGCAACUACGGGAUUUGGCCGUCUUUGAGAGGCUCAAUGGUAAUCAUGGAAAGUCAUCCCCUGACCUUGCAGUAAAAAAGUUUUGCAGAACCAUAUCCACAAAAAAUAUGCAGCCAUCUGAUGUACGGCCGCUUCCUGUAUUGGAAGACACUUUAAAUUACCUUUUGAACUUGUUGGAUUCUAAUGAGCAUCCAUUUGAAGUGGUUCACGACUUUGUAUUUGAUAGGACAAGGUCGAUAAGACAAGACCUUACUAGGCAAAGUAUUGCAAAUGAAAGAGCUGUCAGCAUGUAUGAGAAAAUGGUGAAAUUUCAUGUCAUAUCACAUUACAAACUUCGUUCUUGUAUGGGCAAUCCAAUUAUUGCAUCAAUGCAUCAUCUCAACAUGGAACAGCUCACUAAGACUUUGACAUCUCUAUUUGGUUUGUAUGAUGCAAAUCAGAGUUCAAAUAAUUUAUCUGAAAAUGAAGCUGAGUUCCGUUCGUUAUAUGUGCUUCUUCAUCUUGGUUCUUGCAGCAAACCAACAGAGGAUUCACUUUCUCUGUGGUUUGGCCGUCUUUCUACUUCAGUAUUGAAGUCAAAAGAAAUGUGCUUUGCUAGGAGAAUUUUGCGAUCUUUUCGUAUCGGAAAUUAUAAGCAUUUCCUGUGUACCACUGCAGCUCAAGUGUCAUACCUGCAGUACUGCAUCGUGGAGCCUUAUAUUAAUGAAGUUCGUGUGCUGGCAUUGGCAUGUAUAAACUUUGGUGGUUACAAACUUCAUCCAUAUCCUCUGCUCGACCUUUCAGUACUCUUGAGGAUGAAGGAAUCUGAUUUGGAAUCUAUCUGCAAUGCCUGUGGCCUUGAAAUUCGUACAGAUGAAGCCGGAAAUAAGGUACUCCCAACAAAACAAACCACAUUUUGCCAUCCCAAAGGCGAGUUCCAGAGAUACACUUUCCUGGGUUUGGAAGAAUUUGAAAGGUAGUCCGAGCGACAUUGCAGGCGCUAAAGUGUUCGUAUGCUUUGAAUGAUGGGAACAAGAAAGCUUGAUGAAUUGACUUGAUUAUAAUCUAGUGACGGAUGAUUGCAACGUCAUUUUACACAAUUGUAAAGUUAAUUAUUGAGCGUAAACAGAUGUGAAAGUUUGUGAAAUCCGACUUGACUCAAUCCAUGUGCGCUUUAACUUUAUUCAUCAUGGAUUCGUGCCCAGCAUUUAGGUGUGUGGAUUAGAAGCAGCAGAGCUAACCUGUGGUUUCUGCUGGCAUGUUUUACUAGUGGUAUGGGUGGAAAGCAUGGGAGUAAAUUGUUGUAUUCACAGCUAUAGCUACACUUGUGUUUGUCAGUGUAAAAACAUUUCGGGUAGAAAAAAUUGAUUAGGAUAAUAUGUACAAUGUAACACAAGUGUCGUUGAUGUUGUGUCAUAUGUUUUAAGGUUUUCAUAA